CCUCGAACAAUUGCAUGCUUUUAUCGUCACCCACCAUCCACCUGUUCUGAUGUUGUCUUUAAAUACUUUGCACCACCUCCCAUCCCUCCAUAUUGUUUAGUCUUCUGCUUAGUUUCCCCUCUUCUGGAGUAGUAAGCCUUGUAAGACAGACGAGAAAAAGUAGGUCACUGCUCCGAGGCCAUGGCAGGCGGCCCAUCAAACCUCGGCAAGAUCCAGUGCACUCGGCGUGCACAAGGCUCCGCGGCAGUGCUGGCAAUCGGAACGGCAAACCCAGUGAACCACGUGUCUCAAGAAGAGUUCCCUGACUACUACUUCUAUGUCACCAAGAGCGAGCACCUCACUGACCAUAAAGACACAUUCAAGACAAUAUGUGGUGCGAUUGGCACGGAGAAUCGUUUCUUUCAAUACACGGAGGAACAGCUGAACUCUUACCCUGACUUCCUGCUUCAACGCACGUUGCCAUCCCUUGAAGUUCGGCUUGAUAUUGUGGCUAGUGCUGCUCCACAACUUGCCGCAUCAGCCGCCAAGAAGGCCAUUGCAAAGUGGGGACGUCCGGCCACUGACAUCACCCACCUUGUCGUCAGCACCAACUCGGACGCCAGCGCCCCAGGCAUCGACGUACACUUGGUUUCACUUCUUGGCCUUCGCCUCAACAUCUGUCGUACGAUGCUCCAACUGAACGGCUGCUUCACUGGUAGCUCUGCUUUGCGCUUGGCAAAAGACCUUGCUGAGAACAACCGCGGAGCACGGGUCCUUGUGGUUUGCGUGGAGCUCUCCAUUGCUGGUUUCUGUGGCCCCGACGACCACUUAGACACCCUCAUUAUUCAUGCGCUGUUCGGCGAUGGGGCUGGAGCGGUCAUUGUCGGUGCUGAUACCAUGCACCCUGUCGAGCAGCCGAUGUUUGAGAUGGUGUCUGCCUCACAGACCAUCAUACCGGGCACCCAGCAUGUGCUUGGCGUGAAGAUGGGGAGCUAUGGUGUUGGUGGCAAAGUUUCCACCGAACUGUACAAACUGGUGGCAGACAACAUCGAGCCAUGCCUUUCGGAGGCAUUUGGUCCACUUGACAUGGGUGCCCAGUGGAAUGACCUCUUCUGGGCAGUUCACCCUGGAGCCCGUGGGAUAUUGGAUGGAAUCGACAAGAAACUCCAGUUGGAGCCCACAAAGCUAGCGGCGAGCCGAAGUGUUCUACGAAACUUUGGUAACAUGUUUAGCGCUACUAUCAUCUUCGUGCUGGAUCAGCUACGACGGCGAAUAGAGGAGGAAGGAGAGCGAGCAGAGUGGGGGGUCAUGCUCGGAUUCGGGCCAGGAUUCACUAUCGAGACGAUGGUGCUGCACGCUACCGGCGCUCUAAACAAAAACUAGCAACUCAUUAAUUAAGUGUGCUUGCAACCUUCGUGCCUAUUACAAUCAUUCCCGUUUUUGUACUCUUAUAAUUGUGCUUAAUGUAUCUCGUGAUGUUUUAUGGGAUCACUGUACUCCAAAGUUAAUCAAAUAAAAUGUCACUUCAUGAUGUUA